AUGUCACGCUCUCGUCUACCUCCUACGCCCGGCAUGUCUGGAGAGCUUAUCAUCAAAGACCAGAUAAUGAUGGACAGUACAGACGUCUUUGCACUCCCCCCAGCCGCCCUCAGCCCGGCGAAGAUGGAUGCUGCAACUGCAAGUCGAAAGUCGGACCCAUCGAUGUUCUUCCCUGCAUCCCCGACAUCCCCACGCCUCGACCCUUCAACGAGCCGCACUACGAAUCCACCACCUCAGGCGGGCCUCAAGAGGCCACUGGAGGAUCUGGACCUCCCGCCGCCUCCUACUCGCACCCGCAAAAUCAUCCAGAUGAAGCCAAAGACCGAGAGCUCACCGAAGCCCGCUACAUCUUCUGCGAAAUCUGCGCCGAAAGGGAACACAAAAGCUGCUGUUGCCAAUGGCACUGCACAGGGGAGCUCCAAAAAGAAGCAGCCAAGUGCUACCAGCGCAGCGGGCCGCAAGAUUGCAAGAAAGACGGCACACAGCUUGAUUGAGCGUCGGCGAAGGUCGAAGAUGAACGAAGAGUUCUCAACAUUGAAGAACAUGAUCCCGGCCUGCCGAGGACAGGAAAUGCAUAAACUUGCGAUUCUCCAGGCCAGCAUUGACUACGUCAACUACCUCGAGAAAUGCAUCCAAGACCUAAAGGUCCCCGGCGACCACAGACCCGCGCCAGCACCAUUCCUCUCCACCGCUCCCCUCUCACCCACAUCCCCCGAGUUCCCCGGCGACCUGCAAGGCAGCACAUACUCCGCUUCAGUGUCACCCGAAGUACACCCCGAGGGCACCAGUAUAGCCAGCACCUCGCCGAUGUACUCACCCGGCAGCCGCAUCCCCUCAACCAGCGCAGUCCCCUUGUCCGAGAUCCCGCCGUCCAUCCUCCCAAGUCCCGCAUUGGGGCCCGUUCGCCCAAACGAACACACAUGGGCUCUACCGUCUUCUACAGCCUCGCCGGCCAUCCAGCCGCGCUUCUCAAAUGCGUCUUCGGCGGAUAUGGACCAUGAGGCUUCGGCUGCACUGCUCAUGCUGAAUCGGGAUCCGAGAGGUUCCAUGGACUCUGGGCGUGGUGGAUCGGCGUCUACCGGGUCUUCUGUUUCUGUUUCUCGUGACGAUGAGAGGUAUAGGCUGCCUGAGCCGCAGAGGAAGAGAAUGAGCGUGAUGGACCUGUUGAUUUCGUGA